CGGUGAAUUCAGUGAUCAUGGGGCAGAUGCAGAUUUACCUUGUUGUUUUCUGGGCAUUGCUUCUCAUGACCGUUGCUGGAGAGGAUGACAUAGGCUCAGUAAAAGAGUGUGAGAAUGCUCCCUUUGUUCCAGGACACAAUCUCGCUGGAGAGGGAUUUGAUAUUGUGACCCUGGAGCGAAAAGGUUCUUAUGUGAUCAAUACAGAAACAUGGGAUUUAGGAAACGGCACUUGUAAAUUGCGCAAAAACAAGUACAUGAAUGGAAUAAAACAGAAGCUACCAGCUGCAGUUGUAGAUUGGAGGGCCUUGCCAAAGUGUUCAAUGAAAGUCUCCAGUCAGAUCUAUGAAUCAAGUGAAGCACUGGUCAAUGAUUCAUCAUCAGCAAUCUCGGCCAGCUGGAAAAAUGGUUUAGAUUUCAAGGCAGGUGGAGCUGCAUUUGGAAGCACUCAUUCCUGGGAAGCAAGUUUUGCAAUGAAAAAAUCAAAAGCAGACAAAUACAGUUUCACCAAACAUGAAGUUGCAUGUCGUUUUUACAGAUAUCGUGUAGCUGCAAAGCCCCCUCUUCAAGCAGAGUUUCUUGAAGCGAUCAAAUCACUCCCUGCAUCCUACGAUCCAGACGCCUACCGCAACUUGAUCUCAACAUAUGGCACUCACUAUACCACAAGUGUCAAGUUAGGAGGGCAAAUGAAAGCCAUAACAGCCAUCAAAAGCUGUCAGGCAACAAUGAGUGGCCUUACAGACGCUGCAGUGAAAGACUGUUUGGAUGUAGAAGCCUCUGGUUCACACAAAGGAGCAACUAUGACGGCAGAGACACAUUUUUGUCAAGAACAAAAAAAGAAGAUGCACACAAAUGAAAAGUUCAGCUCCAUGUUCAAUGAUCGUAAAAUGGAAAUUAUUGGAGGAGACAAAAAUGGAGAAGAUCUACUUUUUUCAUCACACCCAAAUUCCCUUAAAAAAUGGGUCGAGUCUUUGAAGAAUCUCCCUGAAGUUGUGCAUUACUCUCUGAAACCCCUCCAUUUCUUACUGAGUGCUAAACACCCUGCAAGGAAAGGACUGAAGAAAGCUGUUGAAAAAUAUAUCAUUCAAAAUGCCCUCAUGAAGGUUUGCUCUGAGCCUUGCAAGAUUGGCAGGAAGUGCAGCCCAAGAGACCGAUGUGCUUGUGUUUGUGAAAGUAGUCAAGUUAUAAAGUCUAACUGCUGUCCAGCUGCAAGAGGACUUGCAACCCUGAAAGUCUACAAUCUCAGAGCCAAAGGUCUGUAUGGAGAUAGAUUUUCACAAACAGAUGGCACUGUAACUGUUACAUAUGAUCACAUAACCAGGCGCACUCGGACUAUUAGUAAUAAUGACAAUCCACGUUGGCCAGAAAGAUUUGAGUUUGGUCCCAUUAAGAUCAGAAUGGCUAACAAAAUAACUUUUACAGUAUAUGAUGCAGACAGCUCCUGGAACAGUGAUUUCCUUGGUAAAUGUUCUUUUCCUCUUAGAAGUGGAGUUGUGCGUGAUACUUGUGCUUUUAAAUAUGGCACAUUCUAUUUUAUCUAUGAAGUGAAAUGUGCUCCCAGUCUACAGGGCCCUCAGUGUAAUGAAUAUAGACCUUCUCCAAUGGCUGCCCCUCUGGCUGAUAUUUUCAGCUCAAGAAAUGGUGUUCUGGUUAAAGACCUGCCGAGGCUUGAAUUAGCUCUCAAUAAUACAGAUAAGUUCAAUUUCAAGAGUGCUUUUGAAAAGAUGAUGAUGCUGUGACCUGAAUUUUGAAUCCCUCCUUUAUGCAUGAAGUCUAACAGCACCUAAACUGCACUUUCAUCUGCCAGAAAAAAAAAGUGUAUCUGUAACCUUUGCUUACUUAUAUUCCCAUUCCCUUUCUGUAUUCUUGCAUUAAUAAAGCAUUCAU